AAAAUAGACUCCUUUCAUUCCCUGUCUAAGGCAACGAUUAUCUAUUCUAUAUGAGUCUGCCCAUAGUCCUACAGAUAAAAACCCUAAUUUAAAUGUCCGGGGAAUGAUCGUGAUGAGGCUGCCUUGCACUUAACUGGCCACCUCGUAUGAACACACAGCCAUGCCAGGUGAAAGAGACUUAUAAGACAUUCAUACGAUUUAAGCUACAAUAACUGAACGUGGCCAUUCGGCGAGUAAGCAGGAGAUCAAGAAUGUGAAAAACAAAUCACACAUCCAAGCGAUGUUUGGAAAGUAUUUAUCUUGAAAACUUCAAAAGCGGGCUGCGUAAAACCCUGAUCCAAAUUGACACGAUCGAGUGAUUUAUUAAAUGCGUCUCAAUCAAGAAAAGCACGGUGAUGUUUGCGCGCACUGGUCCCCUUGGUGGGGAGACCGACAGAACACACACCCCUUGGCAGGUCCGCUAUGGGAGGAGGUACAGUAACUGGGAGGAGAAGGAAGAGGAGGGAUUUUCAUCGUAGUCGAUCUGAAGUUAGGCUACCCUGUUAUGGUAAACGAAACCCUUUGGACCCGAGUCCACACCGGUGCCGCCAAACAUGACUUCUUCCGCAAGUAAGUCCUGGCUUCUGCUCCUAGGCUUCAUACUGUUUUAUGUCAUUUACUUGUUGCUCGGUGCCCUGGUUUUCUCCAGCAUCGAGCGACCGGUGGAGGAUAAACUGAGAAAUGACAUCCAAACUAUGCAGAGAGAGUUUCUCAACCAGACCUGCAUCAACGCGACAGCCCUGGAAGAGUUUUUGGUCAAGGCUUUGAGCGCAAGCGAGUACGGGGUGUCGGUCCUCAAGAACUCAUCCCUCAACUCCAACUGGGACAUGGCCUCCUCCAUGUUCUUCGCCAACACUUUGGUGACUACGGUUGGUUACGGUCACUCCACGCCGCUGUCUGACAUGGGGAAGGCCUUCUCCAUCCUGUACGCUUUGAUCGGCGUGCCGUUCACCAUGCUGGUGCUGACGGCCAGCGUCCAGCGGCUGAUGUACCCGCUGGUCUACGCCCCCCAGGCCCUGUUCCAGCGGUCGGGGCUGGACCCGAGGCCCGCCUCCCAGCUCCACUUCGCCCUUCUGCUGGCAGCGGUGCUGGUGUGCUUCUUCGUGGCGCCGGCCUUCGUGUUCCGCGCCAUCGAGGGCUCCUGGUCGUUCCUGGACAGCGUGUACUUCUGCUUCAUGUCCCUGUGCACGGUGGGCCUCGGGGACUUUGUGCCCGGGGAGCAGCCGGGCCAGAAGUACCGGUCGCUGUACAAGGUGGUUGUCAUGGUCUACCUGUUCGUGGGGCUCAUGAUGAUGUACCUCCUGCUGCGCGCCUUCCACAAGAUGGCCGACCUGCAUGGCCUCACCAGCUUCCUGGAGCUGCCGCACUGUGAAGAACCCGAGGGGGACCUGAGGCCCAUCCUGGGGGACGGCCCGACGGACACCGGCCCCCCACCGCCCGGACCCCUGCACCACAGAGCGGCCACCAAGCAGCCCCUGGAGCCCGCAGCCCAGCCUUCCUAUAACACCAUCAGCAAGGGCUGAGCUGGGAGGGUGGAGGCCCCCCACCUCACCCACUGCCUCCUUCUGGGGAUCACGAGAACAAAUCAGAGGAGUGUCUCGCAUGACAUCACGAACAGUUCAAGCCGCCAUCUUGGUGCUUUUUCCCCAUUAUGUUAUGAAUGAUCACCACGUUCUAUUCGUAGCUAUGUUACGUCUAGAAUUGUUGGUCAAGAAGGACCAAGAUGGCGGGCUUGAACUUCAUGUCACAUGAUUGAAACUCUCAAGUACUGAGGCCUGAUUGGGCCGAACCUCGAAACUUGAGAAGCUGCCUUCAUUGUCGGAAGGUAUUUGGUGGAGAAGCCAGGGAUUUAUUUUCAUUUUUCAUUCAUAAACCUGCCCUCUGAGUAACAAUGGCCGUCCACUGUGGCUGCUGGUGGGUUCAUGUCACGUAGGAUUAACUGUAGUUAUCUUUCCAGUGCAGCGACAAAGUGUUAAUGUCAACCUCUGAGGGGAUUUCCGGUUACUUUACAGGCCUUUUCACACCAAUAUGCUGACAUGUAGCGCAAGCAGAAGCCAAACUUUUAUAACCUUGUCUUCACAAUAGAAGCACAUUUAAUUCCACGGCAUCAAGGCCAUUUUAAUUGAGCAGAUGUAGAAAAAAAAAAACGUUCAAACUACCAGGUGGUGUAAUGGAUGUAUGCAUGGACUCCAGGCAGAGAAAUACAGCUUGUGUGCCUUUUCAAUUGGUCUCUACUGCCCCCCUGUGGCCAUAUAUGUAUUCAUUAAUCGUUUGGCAUUUUAUGAACGAUUGUAACUGAAGACUUGUUUCAACAAUUUCUCUACCUUGGUUUACAUUUCAGAUGUUUAUCUUCAAAGAAGGAGUCUGCUCUUGUGUGCAGCUGCCCCCUAGUGUUUGUUUUUGAAACAAUUCCAAUAUGGUCAAAGGGGUGGAAUGAAUAAGAUGAUGAGUAAAAGAGAAAUUACAUUGAUAAUGUAAGCAUUACACAUGCGAAUAGGAAGACAUUGGACGCUUUUCAGCCAGGAUUAGGCAUGCAUAUUCUGCAAAGUUAUGGUUUAAAAAAUAUCCAAGGUGAGAUCACUUACAAUUGGCCGUACCAUAUCACUGUUCUUAGAAUUACUAAUUGCGUUUUCCACAUAUAUAUUGUUACUGCAUGUGUUUUAUCAAUGUUUUUUGUUUGACAAUCUGUCCAUAUCUUUCUGUAAUUAAUUUGAAAUGAUUGUUUAUUUAUAAAAGGCUUGUACAUCAGAAUGCAUCAUGGGAUAUUUGUUGGCGAUACUGCCAUUUUGAGAGGAUUGACGUGUUGUAGUACUGAAUAAUCCUCAAUCGUAUCCUAGGCUAAUGAAAAAUUCCAAACAACCCUAUGAGAAAUAAUGUCACGAUUAAUUACUCAACAAUUACCAAAACCCCAUUACUUCUAACAUAACUAACAAUGAUUCAUAUUAAUCUUGCUAAAGUGUUUAAUGUUUAUCAAGUAUGCAUGAUUUAAUCAUGCAUACAUAUUUAAUCAUAUUGUGUUAAGUCUGUCGUCUCCAACCCUUGCCUAAUAAUUUGUUAUACAUACUUCUUUGCUGUGCCACAAAAGUAUAUCUUCAAUACAUUGUAUAGUUCUAUGUGGCAUACAAGCACUUUAUAUAACCAAAUAAAAAUGAAACCACAACUGUA